UCAAUGCUAUUAAGUUCUCAGUGCUAGGAACAGGAGUUGAAGUUAACCUCUCAGCCUCAUCAUCAACCUAGCUUAGCGAAGCACAAGACUUUUUUGAAGCUUUUCUGAUGAAAAUCCAUCUAAUUAUUGUCGCUUACCCCUGAGAAAGCGUUUACAAUUUUCAUUCCUCAAUUAAUGUUGAUUUCCGAAUAGCAUUGCUAAUCAAGCAACCCUCUAUUGAUAACAGAUAGACAAUACUGAUUCAUGCUUUCAUCACCGAUCGCCAAAGGAUAGUUUACGUAUCGCAUUUUCUUAGCAUCUCGGACUGGCGAAUACUGGACCAAUAAAGUCAGACUUAAUCCUAGCGGGCUCUACAAAUACAAAUGAGACACUACUAAAUCAACAGAUUUCAAAUCCUGUGGAUCCCCCACAAAAAGAGCUGCGGAUGGACGAUCCUCGUUUUCGCAUCACGCCUGUCCAACAGAUGGUUGCUGCGUGCGGAGGUGCAUUAAUUACUUCGUUUAUAGUAACUCCUUUUGAUGUGGUCAAAAUUAGACUGCAGGCACAGCAGAAGGACUUGAAACAGAAAUGUUUCAUCUACUGCAAUGGUUUAAUGGACCACCUUUGUCCAUGUGCCAACGGCAACAGUUCAAGCAACGAAUGGUUUCGUAGAAAUUCACAUUUCACCGGUACAGUGGAUGCAUUUGUGAAAAUCAGUCAGCGAGAAGGAAUCAGUUCCUUGUGGAGCGGCCUGAGUCCCACCUUAGUUUUAGCCUUACCAGCAACUGUCGUUUAUUUUGUCACGUAUGAACAGCUGAGGAUCAGAUUGAAAGAUUACGUCGCUAAAAAGUCCUUGAAAACUAAUGCUUCAACAGCGACGUCUUCUCAACCUCCCUGGAUUCCGUUAGUGUCGGGAGCAACAGCAAGGUUGUGGGCAGCUACAGCUGUCAGUCCCCUAGAAUUAAUUAGAACAAAAAUGCAGUCCAAGAAUGUGACAUACAAAGAAAUGCAAGGAGUCCUAGCAGGUCUCCUACAAAGUCAUGGCUGGAGAGGUCUGUGGAGAGGUUUAGGACCAACUUUGCUGAGGGAUGUUCCUUUUUCAGGUAUUUAUUGGGUCUCGUAUGAAACUUUCAAAUCUUCAACCAACAGUAAAUCUCCAUCAUUUCUGAACUCCUUCCUUGGUGGCAGCAUAAGUGGAACUAUUGCGGCCAUCAUAACUACGCCAUUCGAUGUUGCCAAAACAUACAAGCAGAUAGAUUUAAUGGACAAUGGUCCCAAAUAUGUAUCUACUGUUUCAAUCUUAAAAUCAAUCUACCAGUCUAGCGGUGUGCGUGGCUUAUUCAUGGGUCUCAUUCCUCGAGUUGUGAAAGUCGCGCCAGCAUGCGCAAUUAUGGUCGCUUUCUUUGAGUACGGGAAGAACUUCUUUCAAAAUCACAACAUGAACCAGUACAAACUCUCUAGGGGGCUAGCACUAGAGGCAGAAUCGAUGGAUUGAAACUCUGUUUCCUAUCUCUUGUUGCGAUAAAUUUUUGUUUACAGUUUGUGGACUGAAUCAUCGUGAUGAGUCUACUUAGGUCUGUAUAAGGUUAGAUACUGGUGCAUCUUAAGCGUAAUUAAAUCAACGUUUGUUGACAGCAAUUGAUGCGAGUCUGUGAGAACAGAAAAAUUCACUGAAAAAAGAAUUUCUGUGAUUGAAUAUCUUUACUUUUGAAUCAGUGAAGUGAUAUCAAUGAGACAUACACUUGUGAAGUGAAAUUUUAGCUGCAAUUGUUUGGGUAGCUUACAAAAAAGCUAGGAAAAACAUAAAUAUUCUAGAUUUUGAGAUUUAUAAAAUUUUGAGGGCAUGUGCUCUGUCUUUUUCAGAAAGUUUUCCUUCUUUCUAAUAAUUUUGUCCAGGGCCCGAAUUUUGUUGGUAGGUUUGCAGUUAGCCACAAAUGGGGCUGUUGCGCAUUUUCUUUUCAAUCAUUUUUGUAAAAUACAUGAAAAGUGAAGAAUCCCGAAUUUUACCUUUUCUUCAUUUAAUUAAAUUUUAAGUGGGAAAACGACUUCCUAAGUUGCUGAAAGUUCAACUUCACUCUAAACAGAAAAAUAUCGCGCCAACAGAUUUUGUGAUGUCCCAAGGAUCAUUAACCGUCAUGAUCCUUUCACCUGCGAUUGUUUAUAUACAUUCCGGUUGUGUAGUGGCCACGAUACAUUAGAUUCACUGUGGUUGAAACUAUGGGUUGUCCGCCUUUUAUGACAUAAUAAGGAGAAAGCCAAUGAGAAAUGUUCCUCUUUCCACCACAACUUCAAGCUCCUUUUUGUCAGUCAAAAAAGCUAUCUCAAGCUUUUUUAAACUCCUUGUUGUGUUCCUUGCUAAAAUUUACAUAAACAGCAUCUUUUUACUAUCAAUUCCAGGAUCAUGCAAGGAGGCAAAAACGUUGACUUUCUUGCACCGUACCGCUUUAGUUUAGAGUAUGAUUUUCACAACUUUUAGUCGAAUUUUGAGGUCGCUGUAGGCGCUUCAACUGAAGCAAAAGCCAAUAAAGUACUGUAAGAAUUUAGAGGUUAGGUUUUGCAAUUUAUGGUCAAGCUCAGCCGUUGAGCUCAGCUGUCACAGUUCGGACUCAAACCCAUCUGUUACUGUGCACCAAAAUUUUUUCAACAUUUUUGCUACUCAAGGAUGCAGAAACUCCCAAAAUUCUGACCUCAAGCCGUAAUUCGGCUCUUUUCUACCCUGAUAUUCUUAUAUUCUUCAGAAAGAAAGUAGAAAUUCUCUCAAAUCCUCCAAAUUCUUACCCAAAUUUACCAAUUUUCUGUAUUUUAUCAAACCCUCAAAAGAAGGAAAACUUGUGCUCUUUUCCUUGUGGUAUUUUUGUCGCAUUUUUUUGGGAAAGUUAGCUUUCUAUGGCCAAAAUUGUCUCUCCACGUGUUCUCAAAGCAAAUCCUAAAAAAUUGCUGUGAAUUGGCACUAAUUUUAUGAAAAACCCAUAAAAUAAGGAAACCUAACUUCCCAAGCUUUAAGGUGAUCACCUGAAAUUACGUAAGAACCUCAACAGUAUGAGUAUAAACUGUCGAAAAUUUAAAUGGAAGCUAGUCUGAAGUAUGUUUUGUUUUUUAUUGUUAUUAGGUACGAGAAUUUUCUUUGUUAGUUGAAACUUCCGGUGCAAGGAGGAGGCAAUUGACACUUUUGGAAAAAUAGAGGUCUCCAUGAAUUUAAGCUACAUUCAUUUAGAUUUUGAAGUAAAUUUUGCCCUAAAAAUGGACCACUUUAUCACUAGAUAAGGUACGAAUUCCAGCAUUUUGAUAUCCUCUUUCUCAUAAAAUUGCACAUGGAACACAAAACUAAUUCCUAACUAAGAUAUUAAAAAAAAAAAUUCGUGCGUAAUUUCGUGCGUAAAUUCAACCCUCCUUCUUACAGAGAAAACAAUAAUCUACUUAAGUUAAUUGCACACUAAAUGUUACCAUGAUAGUCUCUGUAGUAAGAAAAUAUGACAACCUCAACCUCAGUGUUUCGGCUCAGCUGUUGCACAUAAUUUGCCCUUUGAAUAACACAGGACGGAGGAGGAACACUGCUCAAUUGAAGAGCCUAGCAAAACCGUUGCGCAAUUUAACUCACAUAGACUCUGGUUUUUCAUGUGAGCGGGAAAUUCAAAUUUUUUGCAAUCAAUGCCAAAUAAAAACUUUAUUAUUUUGGUCUGGUUAUUAUUAAUAUCUGUUACUUUCGUUGCGCAAUCGUUUUCUACAUGAAAUUUUAAGGAGGAAAGGUAUUGCUUAAAUUCGCAUCUCGUAUAGUGGCCCAUUGACCUGUUGAACUUUACUUUCAGCCCUGGGACAUUUAACUUUCUUCUAGUCUUGAGACAAAGUUCAUUUCAAACUUUGCACUGGUCUAUCGCAAAAUCGCUAAAGUGUCACUCAUCUCCCAGCACCAGAGGCUUCGAUCAAGAUAGGUGCUCUCACUUCGGUAAUUUGAUUUAUUUUUUAGGGUUUGCACUAUUUCACAGAUUCUCAUUAUGUUAUAGAAUAGGUUUUUUGCAGUUUUUUUUUCCUUUUUGGUCAUUUCGAUGAAGAUUUUUUGAUGACCACUCGAUUUUUGUUUUGCAAACAAAGGUGUUGAAUUUUAUACUGUGAAAGAUAUGAAAAUCUCUAUAAGUGUUUAAAUCCAUUUAUUUUUUGAGUCCAUCUCUAUGUGCUGUGUUACAUUUUUCUUUAUCCUCUCUUCCAGCACGUAUCUUCAUUUUAGAUUGGAAGUCGGAGGUAGAAAAAUACUGAAUGUAACGCGAUUUUCAACUUUCCUGUCAAAACAGAUAGUUACUUUGCCCAAGUAACAACAGAAUUUUCUAGCAACUUUUUUAUAUUUGAGAGAACAAAGAAAACUCAAGGAUGGAGGAAAAAACCUUUUUUCUUUAGUGGUGAAACCAUUGUAAUGACUCUGAUCUCAGGACCUAAGCUCUUUUAAAUAUCCAUAAUCUCCAGGUCUCAAAGAGUUCUAAUGAAUUUCCAGAUUUUGGACACAGCAAUUUUCAUUACUUCCUUAAGCAUUGUUUUUUCACAAUACUUUUCUCCUGUUUCAUGAGCGAGGAUAAAAAUAGAAAUGAUAGAUAGAAAUGAUUGCAGAAUAGCAUUAGUAUUUUCUUUGCUUACGUUUUCUUCCCUUCUUCGGUGUAUCACAUCACGGAGGAAACAAUAUUGCUUACGUUGCACUCUUACAAUCAAGACUAUGAGCUCUCGGGGUUUUUCUAGGUCUUGUAUGAAUAAUUUAGAUACCUCUAUCCUGCAUUGUCUGAAACUUUGCAGGAACUGCACAACUAAAGGGAUUCCAAAACUGACCUCCUGUUUGCUAUUAGCAAAAAAAAAAAUUUCACUAAUAGCAAAAUUUUUUGAAUGCCAUGCCGGUGAUAUUUUCCCUUAGUUUCCUUUAAGUACUUUAGUGUCAGUUGGAUGACUGGACUACAUUUUGCAAUAAGGAACUAUAAUUUCUGGCUCAGUUUGGAAACAACGUAUGUGCCUUUAGUUUCCCUAAAUGACACAAGUGUUUUUAUGGAUGCGUCAAAAAUUGUAGUUCCUGAUUGCAAAACGUAGUCCAAUUGUACCCCGUCUUGCUUCCCUGCAACAGGCAACGCUGCUUCUGUCUCGGAACUCGAGUUGAAUUCCAUAAUUUACACACAAUUUUUAAGCCCCGACAUUGCUAUGUAUACUUUCCUCUUGUUUUGAACAAUUUUUGUGCGUACAUAUUUAGAUGCUUCUUAUGUUAAUUGAGUGUCAAUGCCGCACUACAUAUUUAUUUUUAUAGUCAAAAAAUAAAUCUCAAUCCAUCAGGUCAAA